UACGAAUAUAUACUAUUUGUAGUAAAUAGACUUACAAAGAUACGACACUUUAUUCUAAUAGAAGGACUAUUAAUAGAAAAAUUAGUAGAAAAGUUUAUUAACUAUAUUUAUAUACUUUAUAGCCUCUCAAAUACUAUUAUAUCCGAUAGGGGAAUUUAA